GAGAUCAAGAGGGGGAACCAAGUAAUUCAAAACACAUGGCGUCGUUACCUAGAAGAUUUGUGUAGCACUCAACAGAAGCUCACAAUCAAGCACCAUCCUCGCGCUGUUCCCUGAAAUGAGUUUCGGACUAAAUUACUCUGUAGCACUAGUACAAAUACAUUGCCUCUUGCGUAUACUCAUGCUUUUGAUGAUAGUACUGUCGUCUCUGCAGGCGAUUGUUAAGGGAUCGGAAGGUCCUUUACUGUGUGUUUGCUCUGAAAGCUUAAAGCUCAAGCGCUCAAGCGUUCUGAAAGAGUAUUCCUCGCGGAGCUCAGAAUUCAGAUUUUACACCUACGAAACUCAACUAUACAAUUCUUCGCGAGAAGUUUAUAAUAAUCAGUCAACAAUCCCUUCGUGCAAUCGCCUUUGAGCACAUCGAACCCACUGUGCAACCGUUUCCGCCCGUUCCGAUCAUAAUUAACCUCUGUGAAAUCAUGUAGAAUAAAUUUGGUCCCGAUAAUGCGACAAGCAUAGUUGACCGGUGCUGCUUGAUUUGACACGAGCUAUUGAUGGGCCCAGAGUAUGAG